GAUGCGAUCACUCUUGCUUCCGUACCAUCAUCACCGCUCUUCCGGUACCCCUAUUGCUCUCUGCACUCAAUAAUUUUCUCCUUCCUUGGAGUAUUUGUACGGCUCUUCGGUGGACAUCACUUUGUUGGAUUUUGUAUACAAAGAACGACUCGGACUGUCAUGACGGCGCCGUUCAAGGACACGGCACCGGGCGAUGUGAGUCCUUCUGUGCCCCAAGAGGUCCUUGAUUACAUUCUCGACUUCCUGCACGACGAUGCUCCAACCUUGCGGACGUGCUCCCUUGUAUGCCAUGCCUUACUUCCUUGCAGCCGCUAUCAUAUCUAUUCGAAUGUGUUUAUCGUGCACAAAGGUGAAUUAGACGAAUUUCGGGAACAAUAUGCAGGGCAACUGUACCAUUGCGAGAACCUUGCCACAUUACUCAAAAAUUAUCCUCAUGUCGCCCCGUUGGUCACAAGAUUCGGAAUUCACGCAAACUCAAUGAUGUCGGAAAUUUUGAUGGAAAUCUCUCUCGUUCCUAUCAUUAAAUCUCUCCAUAAUCUGUCUCAUGUCGAAUUCGUUGCUCGCCAAUACCAGGGAUUUUGGACCGAUUUUCCAGUCGCCAGACGCAAAGUCUUCCUCGCAGCUCUCCGCUCUGUACCACUUAAGACGUUCAUUUCCAAUGGCAUCACAUAUCAAGGGAAUAAACAAUUCAGAGACGUAUUCACUGCCGCUGCCAACCCGGCGCUAAAGCAUCUGUCGAUCGUCACUGAUAACGGAGCAGAUUGGACCUCUGAAAACUAUCCGCCGAUUCGCCCUCCACCGAAAGGCCUACCCGCACUGGAGUCUUUGACUAUGGCAGGGGCCGCAACAUGCAGCAACAUUGCAUGGAUGUUCUUCAGUCAAUCUCUGUACAAUAUCAGCUCUGUCCAUCAUCUCUCUCUCCAAAUGUACUAUGAGAACAAUGCAUCACUCGUUCAGAGACUGCUUAACGCGAUGCAGGGAUCGCUCGAGUACUUCAUUCUAGAUGUUAACGCUUGGACAGAUCAACAGGUCCGUUUGGAUUUGAGUCGUCUCAGAAGCCUCUCCUCUUUUUUCAUGAUCUUGGCCUCUCCGCUGGACUCGCGGUUACUGAGAGUGCGCCUUAGUCCUACGUUGCGGACAUUGAAGAUAGAGCAAGUGUGUCACAACUGGGAGCACAGCUUGGACCAGUCUGUCCACGCCUGGGCUCAGUUUGACGCUCACCUGGAUGCACUGCCGUUGCCUGCGCUGCAAUGUGUUCAUAUCAGGCUGCAUGACAGUUCACAUGGCACAUGCUACUGCUUUGCAUGCCACGCCCGUGAGCAUGGCGUAUGCAAGUGUUUUCUAUGCUACAAGGACAAGUACCCCUGUACUAUAUGUCAUGGCCGUGAGCAUCCAACAGAAUAUGUCGGAUGGAAGCGUCAAGUUGAGGAUAAAAUGCCUUUACUGAAAGCCAGAGGUAUCCUGGAAGUCGAACUUGUUAAACGGCGCUACUGCAUACAAAGGACUUUUGACUGAUUUAUUUUUUGUAAACCCAUGCUCAUUUGUGUAUCACUACAAAACAUAUAUUUCUUGUCAGAACAAACCGGUCUCCACUAUGGCGUGCGCGCGCGCUUCCUGAAGAAGAUGUCAUUGUUUCGGUCUUGGUGAGUAGGUAAUUGGCCUGCGGUGGAAAUGCCGUCUGUUUUCACGUCAAAGUUCAGGAGAACAUGAGUCAUGAGGGUCUUCAGCGUGUCUAUGGCGAAAAAGCGUCCUGGAC